AUGGAGGAACAUGUUGAGGCUCGUUCGUUAGCCUCUCUCAACUAUCUAGCAGCCAAUCCGCCCCAGUAUCCGAAAAAGCCAAAUGAGGAAAAACAAGACCCGAUCAUUCUGUACAUCUCAAGAGUACCCGGCACAAGGGAUAUUAUCCUUUCAACUUUGAAGCCCCAGGUCAAAAGUGUGACGGCUGAGGAUGUAGCUAGCUCGCUGUAUUAUGUUCAUUUAAACGUACCUGAGGAUGAUGUCCUUAUACCUCCUGGCCAGACUAAGCCUCCGUCUCCUAGAACGAGCGGAGAGAGUUCAAGGUCAGGGAAUCAGAUUCAUAGGAAACCAGUACCGGGAACCUCAAGUCUUGCCUCCUCGAGGAUAGAUGAAAAUGCGCCACCGCCAUCCAUCAACGAGAACCCGGGUAACACCGGCCAAGCCCCGCUCCCACUGCGGAAGCCCGUUCCUCAACCUGCACCAGCUCCUUUAUCUGAACGACCGCCAGCCUCUCAAUUCGUAUCUCCGCCAAAUCUUCCUCCAAGGAAACUUGUAGGACCUAGGUCAAUUGGUUCGGAAUCACCCGAGAGAAAUCUACCACUGCCACCAAUUUAUGAUCAGCCACCCGAAUACCCCAUGAGACCAAGCAUGGAUGUACCUUCAUUACCACCACGACCUAGCGAGCUUGAAGAUCCGUUUACCGGCUACGGCCGAUCGCCCUCACCUAAAUCACCUACCAAACGCCCUUUCACACCCUUCUCACUGACUCUCAUAAGACGAGAUCCAAGCUCGGGCCAGCAAUGGAACGUCGGAAAAGUAGCAUCAUUCCAACUCGAGAACCCCGAACUCAUCAACGAUGAAAAACACCGUCAACCCUCUCCUUCAAUCAUGAUACACCUAGAAACCUCCGGCUACGCCAAGUUUCGGGGCAUGCCUACUCACCAGACACCAGCGGACUUGCGGGAAAUAAGAGCGAGUCUAGAUCUGCGCCGUCCCGGUAGCGCAUCCUCCUCCGCGAAGUUCCCCCAAAUACCCGAUCUCAACCCCCCGGUCCCGGUUACUGCCUCCAACGCUUUUGAGCGACAGGUCGUAAUGGCGUAUUCUAAGUCCUUCGGCGCAGCCAUCCGCGAGAAAUUCCACCAUAGAAGCACGUCGGAAGAAGAGCGCUCGCCCCCACCCAUUUUCACAACCAGACCGAGCCGCCAUGGCAGCGUGGGCUCGAUAGGGUCGUAUGGCGGGGACUUCGACGGCGGCGAAGCUCCCGUGAUCACGCAGCCCGCGCCGGGCCUGAAGCCGCGCGGAUACAUGUUCAAGAGCCCGUGGGGCGGGCGAUGCGAGUUCGUCACUGGAAACGCCGGGCGUAGUCUUAAGUGCAGACACGUGCUACCGAAUUACACCGGCGCGGUGUUCAACCCGCUUGUAGAUGGACAAGAGGCCGGGCAUCACGGACAUAAGCCGAAGGGGCAGCCGAUUAGCGAGUUGAGGUUCAAUCUUCCUAGCAGCGAAUUAUUUACUGAGAAGAGGUCUACGGAGGGGGGAGCUAGGACAAGGGAUCAACUGCAGACACAAUUCAACAAGGUGUUGCAGAAGGCGCACGGACACGACUACUACGACGAUGACGACGACGACUGGCACCUCGAUCUCAGUCUAGGCCGCGAGAAGGCGGGGGGCGGGAAUAGGGGCAAGAGGGCGAAGAUGGGGAAGCUGAUCGUGUUUGACGAUGGCCUGAAGAUGCUGGACCUGGUUGUCGCGGCGAAUGUGGGGGUCUGGUGGACCGCGUGGGAACGCACGUAUGAUGUCGACCGCGAUUUGGUCAGUGAGAUCAGGUAA